AUGAUGGCGGACUUCACUCUGCUUACGGCCCUGGCAGCCUGGUGCUUUUGUGGAUUCCUGCUCUCUAUGGUAUGGCUCGCAGAAGGGCGCCACAAUAUCGUGACAAUCAGUAAAUGGAUGCUGUGGAUUUGGUUCGGUUUGGAUGGCACUGGUAUUUCACGUUCUGGGGAAUUUCACUGGCUUCUAGGACCGACCUUGAUGGUCACAUUCGCGUUCCUGGGUAACACACUAUUCCUAACAAUAUUGGUCUCGAUGCUCUCGAAUACUUUUGGUACUAUUGUCUCCAAUGCUACCGCCGAGAUCCAGUUUCGAAAAGCGGUCUUGACGCUCGAGGGUGUGAAAAGCGACGCGAUAUUCGCCUACCAACCUCCAUUUAACAUCAUUGCCCUAUUCGUAUUAGUUCCGAUGAGAUUCUUUGUCAGUCCUCGUUGGUUCCACAAGAUUCACGUAGCAACCGUCAGAGCAAUCAAUCUACCGGUACUACUCCUCAUCGCCGGGAUCGAGAGGCAACUCCUAUGGUCAGAUACGGAAUUGGUGGAAUACCCGACAGAACAGCUACCAAAGAAACGCCGUUCCCGGAGCUGGUUUUGGGAGAAAUGGAGGAUAACAAGCCAUGGGGACAUCCAGGCUGUUUUUGAUAUUCCUCCACCGGAUUCAGUUGAACACGACAUUGCAGUCGACGAUGAGCUAACACAUCAUAUGAUCAGAAGACAGUUUGCUCGACAGCAAAGUUCGACGCUAGUAGAGUCGAGUAAAAACCAAGACAACGAGUCGAAUCAACCGCCACCACCUAAAACGCCGAGCCGCAGGGAUUCUAUAGCCCCAUAUGGGAUGCUAACAGACCAGAUACGUUCCAUCAUGAGUGAAUCGUCCGAGAUCGAGGAUCUAUCAAGCCGUUUAGGCACAUUAGAGAACACCGCCUCGAGGAUCGAGGAGAUGCUAGCAAGGCUAUGUAACGAGAAUAGUGGUGGUGGCGAUGGUAAUGCCGGAAACACCUCGGAGCAGAGGGUCGAUGAUGAUUUCCGCAGUCGCUGCUGCAGGCACCACUGGCUGCAGAUCUGGCAGCCGUGCUAUCCAGGCAUGGGGUUCAACACGUGCAGCAUGUUUGGCGACGGCGUCGCGCGCGAGCCCGCGAGCAUUGCUGACGCGACGGGCUUGUGUCCUGCUUGUCGCUUCUCGGGCUGCUACGACAAAAACAUGACUCGCAUGAUCAUGGAUAUUAAGAGUCGCUGGCGCUGGGGGUUCGGCCCGAGUAAAUACGAUCCGGGAUGCGAGUGCGCUGUUAUGUGA